AUAGAUUACUUUUAAAAGGCGUCAACCGUCAUUCUUUGCUCAUCUGCCCCGACAAACCUUCAACGGAACCAAGCUUUCAUCUGUUCCCAACUUCUCGCUCGAAUUCGAUUCAAUUCAGACGCGUUGGUCAGUCUUUCUAAAGGUAUCAUGGAGUGGAGAGUUGGGCUCUUAUUUCUUUUUCUGUUGGGUGCUAGCUGGGCUUCUGGUGCAAGAGAACUGGGAUACUCCGAGUUUGUAGUUGUGCAGAUAAGCAAGCAGGGGCAAGUAGAGGGGGGAGCUUUGGAAAAUGAUAAUGUGUGCACACUUUGUGAGGAAUUUGUUGCCAAAGCAGUUGAUUACCUUGUUGAGAACAAGACCCAAACUGAGAUCGUAGACAUGCUUCACAUGAGCUGCUCUCGUUUGGGUUCUUUCAAACAGCAGUGUAUCACUUUGGUGGACUAUUAUGCUCCUCUCUUCUUUUUGGAGGUCUCCACUGUGCAACCUUCAGAGUUCUGUAAAACGGUCAACCUCUGUCAACAAAUGGCAAUCUUCUCUUCACAACUACGUGAAGAUAGCUGUGGGCUUUGUCACCAAGCUGUUUCAGAAGUACUGGUCAAAUUGAAAGAUCCUGACACACAGCUUGAUAUACUUGAGCUGCUUUUGAAGGGAUGUGAUUCCAUUCAGAACUAUGUCAAGGAGUGCAAGAAGAUGGUCUUUGAAUAUGGGCCAGUGAUCCUUACAAACGCAGAGCAAUUUCUGGAAACAACCGAUGUAUGUACUGUGCUUCACGCCUGCAGUUUGCCUUCUACUGGUGAUGAGCCUAGCAGCAUUAAGGAAGCAGCGGAGGUAUUGGCCGAUUCAUAAUUAUAGUAGAUCCAGCAUGACCAGAACAGAAUUGCACGCAUUUUACAUAGUGUAAAACUAUUUUACUUGCAGAAAUGAUUGUGCAACAAUAUAAUUAUGGCAUAAUUGUGGUUGUGGUGUAAAUUGUAAAGUGUUGUCUACUGAAAUUUGAAUGCUAGACUUGAACUUAUCCCCAGAAAUAUCAAAACCAUUGUCUGAAAAAUGCUCUCUGCCAUUGUCAUAACUAGAUCAAUGAAAUUAUUUGUUUGUUUUUGGUCUUGAA